GGUUUGUUAAGAUGAUAUAUCCUUACCGUACAUACAUGGGUGCAUGAGUACGGACAAUCAGCUGAAAAGCGUUUGAAAAUAUUGAUGUGGUGUUGUCUUUGCUAUAACUUGUUUGUCAAAACACAUUCUGUGCUGGAUGGGUGCAGUAGUCUGUGUUGUGUAGCUGAAAAAGCAACACAAGGGGGCUAUACUAGCCUUGUACGAGCUGGAUUGUACCACGGCUUCUUAUCUUCAUCUCUUCGACAAGACAAUCUCCAUGACGGAAGACGUAUGGCAGAUUGUAUGUUCACUGGUGAGCAAAUUCUCCAAGUGCCCACGAAGACUCUCUCGUACUGGUGCUGGUUCACUUGGCGAUGGUGGUGCAAAGGGCUUCAUAUUGUUUAGGGACAGGCGGGAGUUUCCUCCGGGACGAAUAACGGCGCGGGAAUAACGUUUAGCAAAACGGGGCUCAGGCUGAUGCUUUGGGGGAUAGCAUAUGUGUUCAGUUGGUGCAGCAAACUCUGUGAAGAUGCCUUCGGAUGCCAGGCAUUCAGGUGGGCUAAGUGGUAGUGCUUUGGACGAAGUAACAUCACGUGCUGCAGGAGCAGCAGUGACCAAUCAGAGGGAGAGAGGAGCGGGGGUGGAGGCUGGGAAAGUCUGCCAUGAGGAGACCGGUUCCAGACUAGAGGAACGGUUGUGCGCACUUGAGGCAGAGCGCCGGAGGAUUGAAGGUUUCAUGGAAAUGCUGCCUCAUUGUAGGGACCUACUUGAUAAAGAAAUAGAAUCGAUGAGGGAGAAGAUUGAGGUGAAGAGGCUGUUGAAGGUCCAUGGGAAAUCUAGUCUUCUGGAAAACCACAUGGACAGUAGCCGCAGACAACCAAUAGAACCUGAGGAGUCUGUUGUGCCGUCCAAUGGAGGCGCCGUUUGGGAUGACAGCAGUACCUCUGGGGAUGCCGGCAUUGGUGUUAACCCUGUUCAUUUGUCCCCUGCUCAAGGGGAGAGGGACUGUCCCGAACUUUUCAAGAAAAGGAGAACAGAGCAACCAAUGCAUGAUGAGACACAAGCUGAAACCGAGAGAUGCAAGGCUCGGUUUCCAUUAUCGAACUGUAUGGAGAAGCCUCUGGGAAUGCUGACACUUGCCUGCGAUUCACAGCUCGUGGAUGGGAACGACAAAUUUGACAACCUUCAAGCAAGUGAGAAGCAUGAUCGCAGGCAUGGAUGUCGAUUAGAGGGGAAAGCCGCUGCAGAGGACGGUGAUAACGCUAAACCAUCGUGGCUGUGGAGGGGAGUCCCAAGGGAACAACACCUGGUCGAGCAGAAUGCCAGCAAGGAGCAUAAUGAAAAGGGCCACGCUGAGGGAUAUCACCAUGGCGUGAGGCAAUCUUGGCUUCACGAACCAGUGGAACAGAAAGAUGAGCUGGGAUCAGGGCGCUGCCAGCAUCUUCAGCCCCAUUUGGCCUUGACGAGCAUCAAGGGUGGAAACGAGAACCACAGCAUGCAAACGGCGGGAAAUGACAUUAGUUUCCUGCAACCGGGCAGGGAAAGACCAGGCGGUGCGUUUCUGCCAUUCGUGCCCAAUCGGGAUAACAAAGCGUCAACAGGCGUUGGCACCGAGAAAGGCGCGUCGACAAUCCAGAGUGCAUCACUUCCUGUUCCUGCUUGCAUAGAACUGGUCCUCGGUCUAGCUCCUGGAACUGUGCCGGAGCCACGCCACCGAGGAAUGCAGAUGGAGACAUUCAAAGGUACUGACCACGGUGAACAUGCUGACAUGGAGAUGAUGCAAGUCGAUAGAACACACAGGCUGCUGACGGCUGAAUCAGCACCAAACGAGGACAGGUUAGAGACGCCCAUGACUGUUGCUGGGAACAUCCAGAAGAAGGAAGAGGAUAUGGUUGUGCGUGAUCCCAGCAGGGAGGGAAGCAAAGGCAGGACCGUGAAUGGGGAGGGGGGAGGUGAUGCCAAUGGCAACGAGGGCGCUGAAUCUGGUGGGUCAGAAUCUUCUGAUAACAGUGGAGGUAGGGAAUCUGAUGCCACAAACACGGCCUUGCAGGCCUCGCCUGAUGCCAUGCGUACCGCCCCUGGGACCAUGUUGACGACCUCAUUUAACGGGUCCAGUGGAGGAGGGCAUCGUAAGGCACGGAGAUGCUGGUCUCCUGAGCUGCACCGCAGAUUUGUUGAUGCCUUGACCAUACUUGGAGGACCACAAGUGGCAACCCCAAAGCAGAUCCGGGAGUUGAUGAAGGUGGAAGGACUCACUAAUGACGAGGUUAAGAGUCACCUACAGAAGUACCGUCUUCAUACACGACGUCCGAGCCCUCCGCAGAACAUUUCCCUACCUCACCCUCCUCAGGUUUUUGUUCUGGGAAGUUUCUACCUUCCAGACUACGGGUCUUCUCCAACUCUUGCGCAGCAACCUCCCAUUGUGGCAACAACACCGGCAGGAGUAUAUGAUACUGCAGCGGUGGCAGCAGCAGCGGCUGCAGCGGCAGCGGCUGCGGGAGCGGGAACAGCAGCUGGGGGAUUCGGCACUCCAGUGGCUAGCUUAGCUGCAGCUGGUGUGAGUCAGCAGCGCUCACAUUUUGGCUUGCACGCGUCAUCUCUUCAGACUCAAGCAGGGCUGUCUACGCAGCCAUCGCCGAUGCUGCAUCAGCACCAGUUUUUCCCAUGUAAGCCUGCUCAUGGGUUGACGGCAACAGCCAUUGGGCAAGUGAGCCUGUGUCGACCAUCUCAGCGAGAAAGUCCGCAGCACCCGUCAUCUCAGCCCGAAAUCGAGGUGGAAAGCACUCCUCUCAGCAUGGGCGUUGGCCUGGGCGCGACUCGGCAGGCGCGUGAACAGGAGCCCACUGCAGAACAGCAUCUGAGGCCGUCUUGCGAAGACAGGACUGUGGAGCUGUCCGGUGCAGAGAGGAAGUAUGUCAGGGAUGUCAACGGAGAGCAUUUGGGAGCAGGCGCCCAUGCUGCUCCAGCAGAUGGAGUGGACGUGAGAAGGGUCGGGAGCCUUGAGGGAGGGUCCAGGAAAAGGUCUCUGGAAACGGCGAAUGCUCGCGGGCGGGAGGGUGAGGCGAGCCCGAUGCUCUUGAAACUGCAGCUCAACGAGGAUCACAUGAACAGCGCUGGAUACAGCAACGACUGUCAUCAGCUUGGUCCCAGAGCUGCCAGAGCAAUGUCGGGUAUUGGCGGCCAUCGAAGUCUGUAUUGCACGCAGCCAGUUCUUUCUCAAUCGGGGUGAGGAAGAAGGUGCGGACUUCGGAGUUGGAGCCCUGAAGGCCCAGUUGAGUAUUCGUCUUGCAGCGGCCAGGCACCUCAACAAAGUUCGCACAUCAACAAUUCUGCAGUGCUGCUAGUUUCCCUAAGCCAUGGUCUUCUACGCGAGUUGUAUCUGGCAUCAUGGCUGGACGGGAUUGCCGAUGCUGUUGUGCGGCAAGUACAGGCACUAGACAAUAUAGAUUUUGCCUGCUGGCUUCUGCAGUUCGAAGGCUUGGCUUGUUUUUGUUUUCUGUUGGUGUGUUUGUUUCUCUGUGUGUGUGUGUGUGUGUGUGUGUGUGUGUGUGUGUGUGUGUGUGUGUGUGUGUGUGUGUGUGUGUUCCAGCAGCAGGUGUUUGGUCAGCACCUCCAUAUGCAUCAAUGAGGCAAAGUCAUUGGGUAUUAGCUGGAUUUUAAAGAUCAGCAGGGUUGCCGUCUUUCGUUCAUUUCCUCCUUGAGUGAGAGCCCUGCACGCACGCACGGGAUCAUUUCUGCAUUCACUGGCAGAGAUGCUAUUGACUCUUCAUCUCCUUUUUCUCAUCCUUUCAUGGCGAAAGGAGUCUGCGUGCAACACCGAAGGAGGGCAGUGUCACUUUGUGGCAGCAAACUCGCAACCUUGUAAUAUGUCAGAGGGGUGGCGAAUGACUGGCCCCCUCUUGUGAGCAGCGUCUCGGAAGGAACGGAAUAGGAGAGAACCGGAAUCGUCAAGGAAUGGAGCAAAGCUUUUUCAUUAUGAAGUGGCGAUGGCAGGUUUGGGCAGGUCACACAGCUCGUCCCUUUCGACAUACCUCCCGAAGCACCGUUUGUUCUUUUGUCAGUGUCCAACUCAUUCCUGCGUUUGACGCCCACUCUGCUGGCGUGGAACAUAUGCAGCGGUGAUCGCACUGUCUUCAUCAAAUGUGGUUUUCAGCAAGCAUACACACGGUCAGCACUCAAAACUUCAGCGGACAAGGUCAAUGGUUGUGCAGGCAGAUAAGAAGACCGAUGUCUGGGCACAGGAGCUAUUGUGAGUUCAAAUCUUAUAUGAUGUGACAUCAACCACCAGCCUAGUAGGAGUACUCUGUGAGCAAGUGAAUGUUGGGUUUCCUUCUUCUUUGCAAUCAUUGUGCUGAACCUGUGGAGUCGCGUGGAUGCGAUUUUUAAGGGGGGGGUGGGGUGGGGUGGGGGGUUGGAGAGAGAGAGAGAGGGGGGGGGGAGCAUGUUGGAUACACUGGGUAGUUCUUUUUUUUAGUUUUUUUUUUAAUGACCUUUUCUUUUUUUGCUGCUCAGCGGCUCUCGUUCAAGAAUGCUGUGUGAUAUCACGUAGAUAUUUGUAAUGAAUAGCACAGAAAGAGAGUUGAUUGGGUGCGCGACCAAGUCACGGUCGGACUAUGCGUGCCCGGUAUAUCUGAGGGAACAUGCUACUAUCUUCUCCAUAACGUUCGAAUUUUUAAUGGAUGUUGGAGAGGGCACGGUACAUGCUUUAGGUCAUGCGCACAAUACGACUUCCGUGUAUGCAUCUGGAUGGUAGUUACAGCAGGUUCUUUUCAGAGAAAGCUUUUUUCCUUUCUGUACGCGAACCUCUUUAGACAGAGUCCUGAUCUCAAUCGCGCAGCUCUGUCUCAUCAGAACCACAAUGCUUCAGAUACUGAACUGUAUAUGUCGGAGAUUUGAAAACAAAGCUUGUGGGCAUCCACGAGCGUGGGACGUUUGCAUUCACGACGAAGGCAUCUUCAAGAGCUCGCCGCGGCAUAGCGGGGUACGGCGUCCGUACCCAAGGCUUGUCUUUUUUGUUGUUCGGAUGAUUGGCGGUACGUGGGGUUGUGGAUGACCGGGACCGGUAGCUACCGGUUUUGAAUUGUCAUUGUUUUCUGGAUGGUCUGCAUUGUACGACCAGUCGGUCCUGACAAAAUGCGGUGAACAAAUGGGGGGUGGAGAGGGAGGAGGGGGAGCAGGAGGGAUUGUGCAAGAUUCCAGACUACCCCAACUUCGGCGGGUGUUGCUUCGGAUUUCCGGUUUAGGGUUUGAUUCCGAAAGACAAUCACGGAUGUUGAUUAGGCUCCCGCGUAUCAGAAGUCAUCGCGCGACGGUGUAGUGCGAUUGUCUGAAACGUCCAGCUUAGGGAUUGAAAGUGGAGGCCAUCAUGAUGCACAACUGACUGACCCUGCCGCUCGUGACGGCCAUGUUAAUUCUUUGUGAACAUGGCGUCCGUUAGCGUGAUCCAGCGCCGACGCUGGGAGCCAGAGUGAUGCGUGUCUAUGUAAGCAAUCUGGAACUUAGCGCCGACGCUAUGUGUGGAGUUUAGAGUGAUGCUCGUCACAGCGCUAUUGAUUGUGCUGCGGCCUCAAGUAUGCUGCUGAUGGGACAUGGGACGCGAGAAAUCGAUCGCAUUGCUAUAACCGAAAUGGUAUGUAUGCAGCCGUGGGAUGCCGGUUUGACUCGAGGUUGGAGAUGAACGCUUCGCUCCUUCGUCGUUUUAGACGACCAUUCGUGUGCUCGUCGCGCUUUAGACGAGCGAUCUUGUUGAGUGGAGCCGGCAAGCCGGACUGUGAAGAUGGGACCACCUGUUCUCCCACUGAUUGAAGAUCCAUUGGGUUGUGAUUGGCGGGGCACGAUUCGUCCGUGUGCGAGUUGUAUGUACCUGGUCGUUAUGAGGUGCAAAAAGCGGAUGACCAUCGCCUCGUUUCGUUGACUCCGUGUUGGUCUGCAUUGGAGCCCCUGUAGUGCAUAAUCUUCUCCUGUUACGUGGUCUUAUUCUUGUUUAGUCAUUUUCUUGUUUUUUUGUUUUUUUGUUUUUUUGUUUGUUUGUUUGUUUGUUUGUUUGUUUGCAAUGCUCUUCUGGCUUUGGUGUCAGGUUCCGCCUUCUUGCCUGCGCGCAGGAGGUAAUCUUCGACGAUGAAUGCGUAGAAUUCUGGCUCUGGCAUCUCUGUGUUCGGUGAAGUGAGGGAGGGGGGGAGGGUUCUUUUUUUUUUUUUUUUUUUUUUUUUUUUUUUUCUGAGGGGGAUGUUACAAGAAUUGCUUUUGGGCCAGCAAGCCUAAUUUUUGCAAUAGCUGGAUCAAGUGUUAUUGUUUCAGUGAGUGUUUGUUUUUUCGCCGGAUAGAGAGGUGGAACUUGAUUCAAUAAAAGGGUAAGGGUGGUUUUGUAUUCAAUUUGGAAGAUUGUAUAUGGACUAAUAGAGGGAAAAGAGACGCUGGCGGUUUACCUUAAACCACCAGCACAUCGUCCAGCUAUCGGCCGCGGGUGCUUUUCGGAGGCCGCCCGCGGCCAAUUAGAUUUAUCUAUGGUGCUGGGCCUCGGAAAAGGGCCCGCGUGCGGCGAGUUUUCUUUUCAAUAAGGCUGGGGCCGUCUACUGGAGGGCAGUGGAGGCUUAAUUGAUUGGAUGAUAAGUCUUUCUUUUGGUUAGGGUUGUUUGGACUUUGCCUAUUUUGUUGUGUAAUCUUUUUGUGGACGCAUCUGCUUUUCAUGGACUCCGAGAGCAGAAGGUUGUGGUCUCGGGUUAGAUAGGACUUUGUCGAAAAGGCGACGGCUUCGUUCUAGUAGAUGGCCACGACUGUUUUCUCUUCGUACGGAGUAAUUUUUUGUGUGGAGUGUAGUGUGAGCAUGGGAUAGGACUUUCUGUCUUUGAGAAAAAUUGAUGGAUGUCCUUGUUGGCUAUUGAGAAAAAUUGAUGGAUGUACUUGUUGGCUACAUCUGCUUUUCGAGGGGUGUGUCUCUGCCUCAGGCUCAGGAUUUGGCCCUGCCGGCCCCUUGAUAUUUCGUGGUCGAGGAAUAUUUUUAUUGAUCUACGGACUUGGACACUGGGCCCGUAUAUAAUGACAUCAAAUAUAUACCUACGCAAAUAGAAAUCA